AUUUUUAUCACUUCACAAUUUCUUAACUCUUUUAAAAACAAAAAACUGCCAAAAAUGCUUUCUUACAAAUUGACUCUUUUUGUGAUUUUCUUUCUAUUCGUUUCUGUUGCCAUUGCUGAUUUGACAGCAGAUAAUGAAGGCUUAAUAAAGCAAAUGGACAGGAGUGUUCGUUCAAAACGUUAUGGCUACUAUUAUGAAUGUUGUUGCUGCUAUGGUGGAUAUGGCUGGGGAGGAUAUGGAUAUUGGUGA